GCAUGCACAUGGGGUGUAGCCUAUGAAGUUCGUGGGGAACAAAUUGCUGCAUCGCUACAGUAUCUCAACAUGCGAGAAGCUGUCCUGGGAGGCUAUGUCACCAAGUUGGUGAAGUUCCACCCUCAGGAGAAAGAUACAGAAGAACCCAUCCUGGCUCUUGUUUACAUUGCAACACCCCAGAACCCUUCUUACCUCGGCCCAGCAUCUGAAGAAGACAUUGCAGCUCAAAUCAUCGUCUCAAGUGGUUGUGCUGGUCAUAACAUUGAGUACUUGCUGAGACUGGCAGACUUUAUGCGCUACUUUUGUCCUCAAGCAGAGGACAAACAUCUCUUCUCCAUUGAAGAGGCUCUUAUUUCCAUCCUUCCAUGCCUAUACUACACAGAAGAGUCUCUAGAAGAAACUGCAAGUGACCCUCAGAAGUCUAAGAGUUGAAAUAGAAAAAAUUUUUUGCAGGGUCCCAGUAGGAGGGAUGUAAGGGAGGAAGCAAUGGGGACAAUCUUAACUCUGAUAAAAUAG